GGUGAGAGGCGGAAGUGGCCGUGCGUCAGGUCUGUGCAGCUGUUGGAGAGCGGCGCUGGAUCAUGGCUUCCCCCGCGCUAAAGUCCAGGUCUGACCCCUGACCUUUGACCUGCUGGUGACCCCAGGAGGGGUGGGGCCCUAGUCGCCCCGUCACCAUGGAAACGGCCCCUGUACUGCCGACCCCAGGUCUGGGUCUGGUCCUGGUUGAGUUCGAGUACCAGUACGAGGGCCGGGACGGGGACCUGGUCCAGAUCCGUCCAAACGAGCGCUACGAGCUCCUGAACAGAACCAACGCGCACUGGUGGCAGGUCCGGUCCAGACCCGGGUCCAAACCCUUCUACAUCCCGGCCAAGUACGUCCGCGAGCUGCCCGAGGUGCCCGCCCUCAGCCCCGCCCUCGACCCCGCCCCCACGCACACCAGCCCCGCCCCCGUGCCCGUCCCCGUGCCCGUCCCUGUGCCCGUCCUGCCCAAGACCCAGGACCCCGAACCCCGCAAACCCUCGGACCAGGUGACGAUCCGGCUGCGUGCUGAGGGGGGGUACCGGCGAGCGGAGAACAGGAUGUCCACGUUUGGGUUUCCUGUGGAGGGCGACGUUUCCGCGGCGACGCCCAAAACGACAAACGGGACUACAAAGAUGGCCGACAGCCUCCGAGCGCCCGCCCCGGGGGAUUCUGCUAACAGCCACGCCCACUUGGCUCGACAUCAGCCAAUCCCAGUGGAGACACCUCGGGCCCCGCCCACUCACGACGUCGCGCAGAAAACGUCUGUCCAAUCGGGGCGGCGGGAAUCACAGGAGGAAGGGCAUCUGGGUGAAUCGGGCGACUCGGAGGAGCUGCCGGAGGAGCCGAGCGCGAGCGAGGAGGAGGAGGAGGAGCCGAGGGAGGAGGCGGAGCGUCCGGCGCUCAGGGGCGACGUCGGCUCCUCCCACAUCUACGAGUCCAUCCAGGACCUCAACAUCGACCUGGACGCCCUGACCCGCCGAGACUCCGCCCCCGCACAGGAGGAGGAGCCUGAGGCCCCGCCCCCUGCACAGACUCACACUGACUCAGAUUCGGGGAAACUCUUUUAUUUUAACGCUCUGACCAGACGCUCCACCUGGACCCCGCCCUCCGAGCCCGGCCCCGCCCACUCACAGGUGGCGCCGUGGGAGCGUCUGGUGGACGAGGUCUCAGGGAGAUUUUACUUCUUCAACCCGACGACGGGAGCAACAUCCUGGGAUUUACCCCACACCCACCCAUCACUGCCAGAGGAGGAUUAUCCUCACGAAGAGAACCAGGCUCCAGACGACAGCGUCUUCACCACAGUGCAGGUCCCCAGAAGUCACGUGGAGCUGUCAGAGAGGACAUUGGGAAAUGGAGUCCCGGAGGCAGCGUCUCGUGGUUGGAGGAGGAAUGCGACUGAAGAUAGAGUUUUCCCGGUGCGGAGACACGCCUCUGAUGUAACAGACCGCAGCCUCGCCCCCGACGCCACACAGGCCCCUGAUAGGCUGAAGCUGAGGAGGAACCUGUCCAAUCGCAGCACAGACUCACUCCAGCAGCACGGCCACCUGCUGGAAAAGGCCGGAAUCAUCAACAAAACCAAAGUCUGCGACAACGGAAAAAAGAUCAGGAAGAACUGGUCUCAGUCGUGGACGGUUCUUCACGGUGGGAUCCUGACGUUCCACAGAGACCCCAAAUCUGCCCCCGCCGGCACCAACACUAAAGCGUCUCAGAUUGUGCCUGAGUUCACGGUGGAUCUGAGAGGAGCGUCUGUGUCCUGGGCCCACAACAAGUCCUCCAAGAAGAACGUCCUGGAGCUGAAGACUCGUCAGGGCUGUGAGUUCCUGAUUCAGUACGACACCGAGAGCAUCGUCAGCGACUGGUACAAAGUGAUCAGCGACACCAUCAGACACCUGAGUGUGUUUGUGCAGGACUCAGAUGCACCGUCUGACGAUUCGGAGGAUUCGGACCAAGAGAGGACCAAGAGGCACUCGACUCGAGGCUCUGAUCCGGAGCAGAGACGAGUUCGACACAAACUCCGACGAUUUCUUCAGAGACGCCCGACACUCCAGAGCGUCAAAGAGAAGGGUUAUAUACGAGACGCGGUGUUCGGGUGUCACCUGGACACUCUGUGUCACCGUGAAAACUCGACGGUGCCGCGCUUCGUGCAGAAGUGCAUUCGCUUCGUGGAACGCCGCGGCCUCCAAACCGACGGAAUCUACCGCGUGUCGGGAAACCUCGCCGUCAUCCAGAGACUGAGACACCGCGCCGACCACGAGGAGCAGUUGGACCUGGAGGACGGGGACAUCUCGGAGGUCCAUGUGGUCACUGGGGCGCUCAAGUUGUUUUUCCGGGAGCUUCCGGAGCCUCUGUUUCCCUUCAGCUCCUACGAACACUUCAUCGCCGCCAUCCAGUUACCGCAGUACUCUCAGAGAGUUUCCUACAUUAAAGAUUUGCUUCAGAAUCUUCCUCUGCCGAACCACAGCACCAUGGAGCUGCUCUUCAAACACCUGCACCGGGUGGUGGAGCACGGCGAGCACAACCGGAUGUCGUGUCAGAGUUUGGCGAUCGUCUUCGGUCCCACGUUGCUCCGCCCACAGGUGGAGUCCAACCUGACGGUGCACAUGGUUUUCCAGAGUCAGAUCAUCGAACUGCUGCUGCGGGAGGGACCGGCGCUGUUCAUCACGCCGCCGUGACAUCAUCACGCCGCCGUGACAUCAUCACGCCGCCGUGACAUCAUCACGCCGCCGUGACAUCAUCACGCCGCCGUGAUGCCGCCGUGACGCUGCCGUGACACCGGCCACGCCAUCACCACCAUCACCACGCUGAAGGAGGGGCCGGCGCUUUUCGACGCCGCGGUGAUGUCGUGACGCCGUCGCCUUCACGGUGUCACACCCCGUCACAAUAAGAGUCCGGCCUCACCAUGAAAUUGCCGUGUUUCCCCUUUCACAAUAAAAGCUGUGAACUACUGGCCCUUCACAAUAAAAGCACUUGGACUCCUUCAGAAUAAAGCGACAAAAAAGAACACAGGAAUCAAAAGGAAAGGACACGAGGCCUUAGGAAAGGACAUAUGCUAAGGACACUAAAGGAACAAAAUAAACUUUGGGUAAAAAAACUUUGAAAUUAACUUUUGUUUUUGGGAAAACCUGAACCAACAGAAACACCAGACCUGGUUCAGUCCUGGUUUAGACCUGGUUUAGACCUGGUUUAGACCUGGUUUAGUUCUGGUUUAGACCUGGUUUAGACCUGGUUUAGACCUGGUUUAGACCUGGUUUAGACCUGGUUUAGACCUGGUUUAGUUCUGGUUUAGACCUGGUUUAGACCUGGUUUAGACC